CCAGUUCACUUUCUCUCGUCAGUACAACCAUGGCGCACUGCGAGUUGGCGUCAAAGCAAUUGCUGCAAUGUGUGCGCCAAUCCUAUAAAGGUGGCCUUGCAGCGUUACAGCUCCAAUCGACCCGCUCAUUCACCUCCACCGCCAUACCGUUCGAAGAAGCGCAAGCCGAAACUCCAACGCAGCCUUUCUACCGAGCGCCAGAUCCCGCUUUAGUGACGAGCCCUCGACUGGAACGAAGACUCAUCCGAGCUGGAAAAUUUCCUAUUGGUUCGCGCAGACGAAGAGCGGCGCUUCAGGGUUCCCUUAAUAUCCCAUUCGAACAGCUGCCAUACCAAUGUUUCCAAGAAGCUCGAAAAGUUCUCAUAGAGGACAGAGCGGAAAAGUUGAAGCAGAUAGAAAUAGAACGGGCACGGUUGGAGAAGUUACGUGCAGUAAAGCCCGAGGAUAUUGGCGGAGAGGCUCUGAAGCAGUCCAGAAUCAAGGGCACGGAGCGAUAUCUCGAGAAAUUGAAGAUCCUUGCGGACAUCAAUGACCCUCUGAUUAAGAGGAGGUUUGAAGAUGGAUUGGGGGAUAUGACAAAGCCCAUCUAUCGAUUCCUAGCCAACAAGAAGUGGAGAGAAUACCGACGGGAGAUUCUCAUCCAACGAAUUACACAAAUGAAAGUAAUUCCAGACGUGCUCCCCCACAUUGACCCCGUCGUUGAUGUGAAGUUAUCAUUCGGCAGAAAGAGCGUACAGCCCGGCGAAUUUGUGAAUUCUCGUGUUAGUUCCGUGGCGCCCAAACUUGAAAUACAAUCGUUCAUCAAAGGAGAAAAGCUGGUCACCAUCGCAGUCGUAGAUCCCGACGUGCCAAAUCUCGAAACCGACGGCUUUGACAGUCACUGCCAUUUCCUUGCUGUCAACGUACCCAUCAACCCCACCGACACCUUUGUUUCCCUAGGCGACUUAUCCGCAGAGUCACAGGUUGUCCUCCCGUGGUUCCCGCCGACUGCGCAGAAAGGAAGUCCUUACCACCGGCUCUCAAUCUUUAUUCUGGAACAGAAGGAUCAGAAAGCUUUGGACUACAAAAUCGUCGCCGAGAAGGUUCAACGAGAGAAUUUCUCUCUUCGAAGCAUUCAGGGAAGACAUCAGCUCAAGCCAAUCGGUGCCCAUUUGUUUAGAACCCAGUGGGACAAGGAUAUGGCCGAUGUGAUGAAUAAGUUUGGAAUUGAGGGUGCAGAUGUUGAAUUGAGACGAAAGAGGAUUGAGCCUCUACCGUACAAACGUAGAAACCCGGCUUCUUUUAGAUAAUCUCGGUAAUGAGCGGCUUUGGGGUCGGCGUGUUUUUGUUGGGACGCUUUUUUUUCGUCUGAUUUCAUAUUGUACAAUAGGUCUAUUUAAACAGAGAGGCUUCUUUAUAGAUAGUUGUGCCAUGUAUUUA